AUGUUUUCUUUAUUAUUCAAAAAAAGAGAGUCGGAAACAUCCAAACAAAGUGAUGGGAAUAAGAAACAUGUUACAUGGGAUGACGCUGUGAAAGAAGAGGAUAAGCAGGAGGAAGAAACGAAUCCAAUCAAGAAAGCAGCCAAGCAAAGUAUGGAAGGCGCGAAAAAGGAACUUCCUGACUAUUAUGAUCCUGAGGAAGAUGAUGACAAUGAAAAGUGGAUGCAACAACGCAGAAAGGCUACAGGAUUGACUGAAGCAGCAAAAAAAGUUAAAGAAGCUAGGCCACGUAUCGAUGGAGAUUCUGACGCUGUUCUAUCUUGUCCUGGAUGCAUGGUAAUGUUAACCAGAGAUUGUCAGAGGCAUGAAAUCUACAGUGGCCAAUACAGAGCAAUGUUCGUCGAGAACUGUCGUGUGGAACAUGAAAGCCUUAAAAUUGAGAAAACUGGUAAAGAGCGACGCCGUGAACGGCAAAAGUUGAAGAAAAUGGGUCUCGAUCCCAAUGAACAGCCGACAGCUGAAGAAGAUUUGUUCCUGCCAGUGCAUUGUGCUGUUUGUUCGACCAAUGUUGCCGUCAUGGAUCAUGAUGAAGUAUACCACUUCUUCAAUGUCUUGUCCGGUUAUGCUUAA